AUCUGGCUUUUAGGUUUGUUCCUUGCAUUUCCUUUGGGCGCCGACAGAGAGAACGAGAGAUUCAUCUUCACAGGCUUACACACACAACUUCAGUUCUUCCUGCUUCCGUCUUCCCCCUUCGCUUCUUCGUCUUCAUCACACCCUAUUAGCAAUCUUCGACUAUCGUGCCUCUCUCUAGCAAUCGAAUGACCCACUCGAGUCUGUAAUUGUCGGCCAUCGUGCUUCACCCUCUGCCGCUUGCUUCAGUCCGUAUGUCGCCGUCCUCCUGCCGACGACCUAAUUUCAGAUCCACCACUCCACAUCCGGUUAAAUUUGACGAAAUCACAAAAUCUUCAUUUAGCAAAGAGUCGUUAUUUUUGAACAAGUUAGCUUAGGUAACAACAAAAUUUCCUUGGAGAGAUGCCUUCUGGUAGCAUCUAGCGGCGAUGAAGAACAAUCAGGAAUCCCUGGACACACCGGAAACUCAACAUGAGUCUCAAAGUGACCAAAAUAAUAAUGGAACAGAAACUCCUGUCCCUGACUCUGGUUCGGUUUCCAUCUCCAGCAAUGACAACAGAAAAGUUUCCAGGGAGGAUAUUGAACUUGUUCAAAACUUGAUAGAACGCUGUUUGCAGUUGUAUAUGAAUAGGGAUGAGGUGGUAAAAACUCUAUUAAACCGUGCACGGAUAGAUCCUGGGUUUACUACUCUUGUUUGGCAGAAGUUAGAAGAAGAGAAUGCAGAUUUUUUCAGAGCCUACUACAUAAGGUUAAAAUUGAAGAAGCAGAUCAUCCUUUUCAAUCAUUUACUCGAGCAUCAAUAUCACCUUAUGAAGUACCCAAUGCCUCCAAAGCUACCUGUGGGUCCCAUACACAAUGGGGUGCAUCCCAUGCCAGUUAACAACUUACCCAUGGGAUACCCAGUUCUACAGCAACCUCCAAUGGGGACUCCAGGUCAGCCUCAUAUGGAUUCCAUGGGUAUGUCUAGCUGUCAUGUGGUCAAUGGAGUCCCUGCUCCCAGUAACUUUCAUCCCAUACGAAUGAACUCUGGAAACGAGAGUAUGGUAAUGGAUGGCAAUGCAGGUGGAGGUGGUGGUGGUGUAACUCCAAUUCCGGCUAAUGGGGCGAUUUCACCUAUGUCAGAUAUGCCUAUAAGUCCUACGUCAGUGGCAUCCAGUGGUCAUUUUCCCUUCACUGCAUCUGAACUAUCAGGAAUGGGAGUUGACACGUCAGCACUUGACACAGCGUUUACAUCUGAUGUGGCAAGUUCUGUUGGAUUGCAUCUACCACAAGAUAAUGGAAAUUCUAGAUCUUUUGGUCAGAUUCCAUGGAAUUUCAGCCUUUCAGAUCUAACAGCAGACUUGUCGAACCUAGGAGAUCUAGGGGCUCUUGGAAACUAUCCUGGUUCACCCUUUCUGCCUUCUGAUUCAGAUAUAUUGCUUGAUUCUCCUGAGCAAGAGGACAUUGUGGAUGAGUUCUUUGUUGAUUCUGUUCCCGGACCACCAUGCUCACAGUCGGAUGAAGAUAAGGCUUAGUUAAUGUUGUAAUAUUUCUCUCAACUCUCAACUCUCAUCUCAAGAUACUCUAUUUUGGAAGAGGCGACAACAUAAAGAGUCUCUCUAUUUUGUACCAUUCAAUACUAUGUUAAAUGCUAUUCCUUUCAACUUUAGCAUAAUAUAUACCACGAAUUCUGAAUCCCAAUAACAUACAUCAUGCUCAAUUUUUUUUUGCCAUACAGA